GGGUGAGGAGCUCAGGACUCGGAGUUCCCCGGACGCGCGGGAAGUCGCCCUGGAGACCCGGAGAAGAGCGCAGGCGGCGGGCCGCAGCGCAGAUUGAGUCAGGCACGCGCGAGGGCAGCCCCCGAGGGCCAUCCCAGAGGCCCCCGCGCCGUCGGGGUCCUAACAGGCUGCCCCGGCUUCCGCUGCACGUGGCUGCAGAGCGAUGCCCAAAUCCAAGCGCGACAAGAAAGUUUCCUUAACCAAAACUGCCAAGAAAGGCUUGGAACUGAAGCAGAACCUGAUAGAAGAGCUUCGGAAAUGUGUGGACACGUACAAGUACCUUUUCAUCUUCUCUGUGGCCAACAUGAGGAACAGCAAACUGAAGGACAUCCGGAACGCCUGGAAGCACAGCCGGAUGUUCUUUGGCAAAAACAAAGUGAUGAUGGUGGCCUUGGGUCGAAGCCCGUCUGACGAGUACAAAGACAACCUGCACCAAGUCAGCAAGAAGUUGAGGGGGGAAGUUGGUCUCCUUUUCACCAAUCGCACUAAGGAGGAAGUGAACGAGUGGUUCACGAAAUACACAGAGAUGGACUAUGCCCGAGCUGGGAACAAAGCAACUUUCACUGUGAGCCUGGAGCCGGGGCCCCUGGAGCAGUUCCCCCACUCCAUGGAGCCACAGCUGAGGCAGCUGGGCCUGCCCACUGCCCUCCAGAGAGGUGUGGUGACCCUGCUGUCUGACCACGAGGUGUGCAAGGAGGGCGACGUGCUGACCCCAGAGCAGGCCCGUGUCCUGAAGCUUUUUGGGUAUGAGAUGGCCGAAUUCAAGGUGACCAUCAAAUACAUGUGGGAUGCACAGUCUGGAAGGCUCCAACAGAUGGGAGAUGAGUUGCCAGAGAGCGCGUCCGAGUCAGAAGAAGAAUCAGAGGAAGAAGAUGACGGCUGAUGGGACUGGGGACCAAGGGGCUCCCAGCCAAUCCAAGCGUCAUGUCGCCUGGACCCCGGGACCGCCGCCCUUCCCGGGGGACAGCAGUCAUUUUGCUGUGGAUCAAGACAAGGGAGGGCGAUAGGGACAGACUGUUGUUCUAUAAAGAAUAAAACUGUCACCAGGGUGUCUCCCUGUAGACAGCAAAAGCGAUGUCCCUCAAAAACAA